AUGGCUAAAACGUGUUCAGAUGCCAUGACAUUUUUUGGAACCCUGCAGCGUAUUUACACCCUUUUUGCUUCAUCUACAAAAAGAUGGACUGUUUUUAAAAAACAUGUGAAAGGCCUUUCUGUUAAACCAUUAUCAGAAACAAGAUGGGAAUGUAGAAUGGAAAGUGUUAAAGCUGUACGAUUUCAAGCCGCAGAAGUGUGUGAUGCUUUAGAAGAACUAGCAAAAAGCACAAAUGAUGCUCAAGGGAAAAGUAAGGCUGAAUCAUUAGUAAGCCAAAUGACAAAUUAUAGGUUUCUGGUUGCACUAUGUUUUUGGCACUCUUUAUUGUUUCAAGUAAAUUUUACUAGCAAGGAACUUCAAAGCAAUACUAUAGACAUUGCCGCGGGGCUGACAUCUUUUGAAAAAUUGUUUGAUUGGUUGAAGACAUACCGAGAGACAGGCUUUGUAGCUGCAUUGAUUGAUGCCAAAGAGCUUGCAAAUGAGUUAGAAGUUGAACCCAUAUUUCAACAGAAGCGCUGUUACAAGAAAAAGAAAAUGUUUCUUUAUGAAUCUUCUGACGAACCAAUUUUAGACCCCAAGACAGAAUUCCGGGUAAAUUUUUUCAAUCAAGUUGUAGACAAAGCAUUGCAAUCUCUUCAACCACGGUUUAUGCAGCUGAAAGAACACUUUCAGCUGCAUAAACCAAAUAAACUUUUUGGAUUUCUAUAUAAUUUUCGGAAUAUGUCUAAAGAAGAUCUCAGAAAACAUUCAGCCGACCUAGAAAUUGCUUUGACAGACAUUACAAAAGAUGUAGAAGGGUUCAUGCUUCCGGUGAAAGAAGUUUUUCAAAACUAA